GCGGCCUAACGGCGGCGGCGGCGGCGGCGGCGGUGGCUGUGGCAGCUUCGGCGGCGGCUGGGCUGGUGGCGCUCGGCGGCUGCAGGUCCCGCGGCGGGGGCUGAGCGGGACCCGGGCCGCGCGGGGAGCCGGAAGGCGCGGGCCGGUGUGGCCGGGGGAUGGUGGGCGUCCCCGGAGCGGCCGCCUUCCAGCUUGGUCCUGAGAAAAGGGUGCCAGCAAUGCCUGGAUCGCCUGUGGAAGUGAAGAUACAAUCAAGAUCUUCACCUCCUACCAUGCCACCACUUCCACCAAUAAAUCCUGGAGGACCGAGGCCAGUGUCAUUUACUCCUACAGCAUUAAGUAAUGGCAUCAACCACUCUCCCCCUACCCUGAAUGGUGCUCCAUCACCACCUCAGAGGUUCAGCAAUGGUCCUGCCUCUUCCACGUCAUCUGCACUAACAAAUCAGCAGUUGCCAGCCACUUGUGGCGCUAGGCAGCUCAGCAAGUUGAAACGUUUCCUCACCACUCUGCAACAAUUUGGCAAUGACAUUUCACCUGAAAUUGGGGAGAAGGUGCGGACCCUUGUUCUCGCACUGGUGAAUUCAACAGUAACUAUUGAAGAAUUCCAUUGCAAGCUUCAAGAGGCUACUAACUUUCCUCUUCGUCCUUUUGUAAUUCCAUUCCUUAAGGCCAACCUGCCUCUGCUGCAGCGGGAGUUGCUACACUGUGCUCGGGCUGCUAAACAAACCCCGUCCCAGUACCUUGCCCAGCAUGAACACCUUCUGCUCAACACGAGUAUCGCUUCACCAGCUGACUCUUCCGAGCUGCUCAUGGAAGUGCAUGGAAACGGAAAGAGGCCCAGUCCAGAGAGGAGGGAAGAGAGUGGUUUUGAAAGAGAUACGAUUGCUCCUGAACCUCCCGCCAAAAGAGUGUGUACCAUCAGUCCUGCUCCCAGGCACAGUCCUGCCCUCACUGUGCCACUCAUGAAUCCCGGAGCCCAGUUCCAUCCUACUCCUCCUCCUCUUCAGCAUUAUACCUUGGAAGAUAUUGCAACUUCCCACCUAUAUCGUGAACCAAACAAGAUAAUUGAGCAUCGAGAAGUUCGUGAUAGACACCACAAUCUUAGUCUAAAUGGAGGCUAUCAAGAUGAGUUGGUAGACCACCGUUUGACAGAAAGGGAAUGGGCUGAUGAAUGGAAACAUCUUGAUCAUGCCCUGAAUUGCAUUAUGGAAAUGGUAGAGAAAACAAGACGUUCCAUGGCAGUUCUCCGGCGCUGUCAGGAAUCUGAUCGUGAAGAACUCAACUACUGGAAAAGGCGCUAUAAUGAAAAUACAGAGAUGAGGAAAGCAGGGAGCGAGUUGGUUUCCAGGCAGCACAGUCCUGGGAAUGCAGAUUCUCUCAACAAUGAUUCUCAGCGGGAAUUCAACAGCAGGCCAGGAACAGGAUAUGUACCUGUGGAGUUUUGGAAAAAAACUGAAGAAGCUGUGAAUAAAGUGAAAAUACAGGCAAUGUCAGAGGUGCAGAAAGCUGUUGCUGAGGCAGAGCAAAAAGCCUUUGAAGUGAUUGCAACCGAGCGAGCCCGAAUGGAGCAGACCAUAGCCGAUGUCAAGCGGCAGGCUGCAGAGGAUGCCUUCCUCGUCAUAAAUGAGCAAGAAGAAUCAACAGAGAAUUGCUGGAACUGUGGCCGCAAAGCCAGCGAGACCUGCAGCGGCUGCAAUAUUGCACGAUACUGCGGCUCUUUCUGCCAGCACAAGGACUGGGAGCGGCACCACCGUCUUUGUGGCCAGAGCCUGCAUGGCCAGAGUCCCCACAGUCAGAGCCGACCACUGCUUCCUGGAGGAAGGGGCUCCUCAGCCAGGUCUGCUGACUGCAGUGUGCCCAGCCCAGCCCUGGACAAGACCUCAGCAACCACCUCACGCUCCUCUACACCUGCCUCUGUGACAGCCAUUGACACCAAUGGACUCUGAGCAAUAAACCCAUUUCGCCCUGAUGACCUCACGGCACAGUGCCACCCUGCACUGGUCUGGCUGUGGAAACCAGUGCUAAUAACUGUUGGGUCAUCAGCAAAAAAGGAAGUGGAGGCAGGAAGAGUGAGAGUCUGUCAGUCCCCUCCACAGCCUCUCCCGACACUUGCCCACUUUCCUCUGUGUCCCUUGGAACUAGCAGCCAGAGCUGUCUUCUCCAUGACUCCCUGAUUAGCUCUUCUUCCAAAUGAUGCUGGUACGGCGACCCCUUUCCAUUGUAGACCACCAGCUCCCCUCCUGCCUCUUGAGCCCCUUGAAGCCAUGGACUGCCAGUGUGCCCACCAGGCUAAACCUAGCUCACCACAGGUGCUGUCCUCCCACAACAGAAAUCUGGAGGCUACAGGCUAUGGAGGACGCUCCCGCUAACAGGAAAUGGAUCCUCUCACCCCAAACAGCUCCUUGAGUCUCUUCCAACCUCAGCAGAUGCCAUUGAUCGGCGCCCCCCACCAGGACUCGGGCAAGUGAAAAGCAGCACUCAGGACUCUCCUCAGCCUUGCUCCACACUUGCUAAGAUUCUCAGAAACACAGGAAAGAAGUCAUCAUUCAGAAAAGCACACAAGUUAUUUUUAAAAAUCAAUAAAACUUCCACCAAGUAUCACAGAUCUUUUUGGACAGGAUUUUGCAACCUUGUUGGCUAGUUUGGAACCCGUUUGGAACCCCUUUAUUUUCUUCUCUUUGAUUUUGCUUGUGCAGAAAAUAGUUUCCUGCGCAUGGAUUGGUCUGAGAGAGAAUGAGACUCACUUGGACAUUCUGUUCUCUCUGAGCAUGUUGGCCAAACUAGUAUCGUCAAAUGAUUGACCAGAUCAUGUAUGGAAAUGCAGAACCAUUUGUCACCAUGUGCUGUUUGCACAAUCUUCUUGUGUCCUUGUAUCAGACCAGGCAUGUCUGGAUCACUGCACAGAGCUUCCUCCCAUACUCUAGUUGGUGCCUCUUACACUCCACUUGUCCCAUCGGCUAGUUCUUGCCUCAGCUGUCCAGGCCUGGGUAUAUCUGAGCGGCCCUCCUGGACCUGAAUGAAUUCUUCAAACCUCAUAGUUUCAUACUCUCUCUAUAUAUACAUAUAUAUAUACAUAUAUAUACAUAUAUACUGUGUCUGCUUACAGUUGGGCAUACAAACUGUUUUCCUCCUUUGGUGUAAUCUGUUUGACACCUCCCCUUUUGCAGCUAAAGAAAAGUUCUGUGAGAAAUGACAACCAUUUUGAGGGGAAAUGACAACCAUUUUGAGAGAACCAGACCAAUUUUCCUUCCCAUCUUCAGAGAGUGCUCCAGUUGUUUGCCUGGCUCUCCAAACAAUACACCUUCUAAAAUGCUCUUAACUGCCCCACACAUUCUUCCCCGCCAUUGGAUUUUAUUGGGGCCCAGGGACUCUGACCCUCUACUCUUCACCCCAGGCCUCCAGUCUGCACUCUCACCAGGGAAUCAGUGAAUUGGUUGGUCCUGUUCUGCUGGCUCUUGAAGACAUCUCUAGUGGUCACCUUCUGUACACAGGGAGUAUUGUCCUCAUAUAACUUAAAGAACUUUAAGUCCCUCCUCCCUUCCCCAGGAAUUUCAUAUCUUAAAAACUCAGCAUUAAAACACCUUUAAAAUGCCAGGAUUUUCAUUUCCUAUGCAGGGGUAAGGAAACCUUUUUUCUGCUGCAGGUCAUACAAUAGAGGCAAACAGGCUGUGGCAGCCAAUAGAAAGCCUACAUCUCUGUCACUGCGUAAAGGGCCAGACUACAGAAUUCUGUGGCUCUUCUACAGUCCAUGGCCAGAAGCUCUCAGUCCCUGGCCUAAAGUGUGGUAAACCCAGAAAAUAACAUGUUCCUUUUAUGGAAUUUAUCUUUCACAGGGUUAUAGUCCAUUUCCCAGAUAGAAUAUAGCCUAAAUUUCUAUAAGAUAUGGAAUGUACCAGGAGAAGGUCACGGAACCCAUUCAUUGCUAAGAGCAAAAAAGUUGUCUCAGGCCAAAGGGAUAGUAGAAGGGUAAAACGCUUGCCUUACAUGCCACCAACCCGGGGUCCAUCCCUAGCUCCACAUAUGGUCCCCUGAGCCCCACCAGGAGUGAUCCCUGAACACUGCUGGGAGAGUCCUCCCAUAGUGAGCCCCGCCUCCCCAGAAAAAAGUAUCUCAUGGUGUUCCUGGCUCACUGACUAUUGGGAACUUGGAUGAACACUCCAGCUAGUGUAUAUACAACACUAGCUAGGGUAGCUCAGGUCUUCCUGGCUGUUACAAUCGGAAUCAACAAAUUGCUGUUCACUAGGAUUUGAUGUCAGUCUGUAGAGUUAAGGUUUUGUUUACAAGCUGGCCUGCCUGUGUGGGCUCUUGCUUUCAGAUGACAACUUAGCUUUCUGAGUCUUUAUAACACUACUUGACAUCGCCUUGCUCGUGAUUCAGAGACUUCACUGAACACCUAGGGAGUCUACCGCUCUGGUCAUUAAUUUUGCUCAUUUCCAUACAGAGGUUGCUAAGACUUCCUUCCUAAGUAAAUAGAUCCCCUUUUCCAGGCCGGAGAGAUAAUACAGCAGGUAUGGCUUCACACUUGACUGUCCCAGGUUCGAGCCCAGCACUCCAUAUCGUUCCCCAAGCCUAUCAUGAGUGAUCCCUGUGUGCAGGGCUGGGAAUAAACCCUGCACACGACCAGGUGUGAGCCCCAGUUUUCUUUAUUUGAUUCUUUCCACCAGCUCCCCUGUACCUGCAAUUCUCCAGCCCUCUGCUUGGGAGGAUAAUAAGUGCCCUGUGGAAGCAGAGUAGGGAGCGAGGGAGGCCAAGUCCAGAUUCACCAUUUGGUUGCAGUCUCUGCAGAUACCACACGAGUCUCAUGAAUAGGACUACAAGUCAUGCUCUGCUUUCCUUGAAUUCCAUUGAAAUUAUCUAAAUUAGGCUGAUUGGGGACCUGAGAGAUAGUGCAGCAGGUAAGGUGCUUACCUUGCACACAGCUGACCCAGGUUCAAUUCCAAGCACCCUGUAUGGUCUCCUGAGCGCAGAGCCAGGAGUAAUUCCUGAGCACUGCCGAAUGUGGCCCAGAAAAAAAAUUUUUUUUAAUAAUAAUUAGGCUGAUUAGAAGAACAGCCUUUUAUAUUCAUAUACAUGGAGGGGGGGAAGAUAAAGGGGCUUGGAGUGGUGCUGCCAAAGGUCGGUGUUGUAAGGAGAGUCACGCUCUUGGAUGUCAGCCCAGACACCAAGAGCAAAUGCAGCGGCAGGUCUGCACCCCUCCACCCCCACCCUAAGCGCACCUGGAGCACAAAACCCUUGCCCGGUGAUGAGAAGCACUACGGUGAUGGGACGCUGUCAUCCUCUGCCAAGUGAGGAAUCCGGGCAGGAAGCCUAAAGGGCCCAUUGUGAGCCACUUCGGUAUUCGGAGGUGUGCUGGCAGCAGGACCCGCAUUUCUUCGGGCAGCCUUUGUGUCCCCACUGCUCACACUGUGCCUGACUCCAUCCGUGGUGAAGACUUGACUCCGGAAGAAGCUGGUUCAGUCCAUCUGCUUAGGAACAGGCCAUCUACCUUAUGGUCACUCCACUUUCGAGGGUCCCUGCUGCUUCAGAGCUGGGGCUUCAGCACAUCUUCUCAGCCCAGUCACAUGACCCUAGGUCAGAGUAGGUGGGCCUUUCCCCGGGCAGCGCUGAGCCAUGACUGUCACUGGGUCAAAAUGCGGGAACAGGACAUCUGCCUAUCACUGGCCAUCCUCUGCAGUAUGGACAUUCUUGGCCCAUCUGGACCUGUUAUUCUACCCGGAACACAUCACUUCCGGGUGCCUACAGGAGCAUCUUCAGUUUCUAGAGAGAAAAAUCUACGCUUUAACCUUGUUUAGCCGGGCCCCAAAGUUGAAUUGAUCCCCUGCACUUUCACUGCUUGCAAAAGGGUAUAGACAUUGUUCUGAUUAGUUCCAAAAGAAUCUCGGCGAGUCUGAGGGUUCAGCUUCACAGUGGGAUUGUACGAUAGUGAGUUCUCAUAGUGAAAGCAUAAAUAAUAACCAGGUAGCAAUUUGUCCUGGAAACUGUAGAAGGGAUUAUGGAUUGAAUAAAUCAUUGGAAAUCAAACACAUCUUGGAGGCUUUCUUCAGAACAGGUUUUGUGACUCCUGAGUCAGUUAAGCCAACUUGCUUAGAUUUGUGUUUUUUUCUUUCUUUGGUUGUGGGGGCCUUGUUUGUCUUUUAGCUAUUUACAGAGAACUGGGUGAUGAUGUUUGAACCAAAUCAGCAAAAGCCAGAGGGCCCCCAGACUGCCAGCUAGCAGGAGGCCUGCCCCAGGUGGCAUGGGCUGGGCUAGUGGCAAGCUGCUGAAUAGGCUCUUCCAACUUCUGAGUGUCUGUAGUUCUUGUGAAACCAAAACUGACUCCUGCCUCCUUGCCCAUGUGCAUUGAUUGACAUGCUCUUUUCCAAAGAUGAUGCGGUCCCAGGAGCCUUUUCCAUUGGGAACCAGGAGACGGUUGGGAACCUGAGGGUGGGGCUUGCAUCCCCCUUUCCUGCCCCAGUCCCAGAGAUGGAACUUUGCCAACAGACCCCUCUGGUCGGGCGUGGAAGUGCCCAGUGUCUUCUCAUUGAUGCUGAUACCAAAUAGGGCAUGUGCAGCUGCAGGGACAGCCCCAUCCUGCCAUGAGUUGGCAGAGACGCAGCUCUAAGCAGUUGGUGAUGGUUGAAAGUGCUAUUUGACAAGAGGCCUUUGGUCCACUUUUGUGGCUUUCCAAGUUCCUGAUGAGGCUACGGAAUCUCCAACGGUGACAGCAAGCCAGUAAUGUAAAUGAAUGGGAAACAGCCACCGGCGUGGUUUUGGACGGGGGAUGAUGAAUGUGAAACCACCCACAGGAUGCGGUAGAGUCUGAUUUUUCUGUGUUUUGUCAUUUUACUCUGAUAGGAACUUUUGUUACUUAAUUGUGCAUAACUUAUUUAAUGUACUGUAUAAAUGAACCAAAACUUAAAUAUGUAUUUAGUUUGUUCUACUUAAAGUAGUCAAUAAAAGGCUAUAUUCCUUUUCUGA